UUUACAUUUGCCAAACCAUUGGGAAGUCAAAGUGAAGUAUAUUUUACUGUCAACAUCUUCACUCUCUUCCCCCUCCAUUGUUGGCUCCAUACUCCAUGGCCACUCUAAUUAUUAACAACUACUAUUUGAAUGCACUACUCUCACUUUAGCUAUAUUUAUCGAAUCUCACAUACGUUUUUCUCUCUCUUUUAUACCUUUAUUUAUGUCUUCGAAAAGUGUUAAUGGCGGUUGCACCAUUAACAACACCUCCCCGCCGACAUCUCCGCGUAACCGGCAAAAUUGCCGGAGAAGACUACGCCGGCGGGGAAGCUUUUCAAUGUUGCACCGGCGGUAUUUUUUACUGCUUGUCUCUGUUCUAUACUUUACAGGUCUGAUCAGCUGCGUUGGUCCUCUGUUUUCUCUGCUGCAAUUUUCUGGUUUAGCAAAUGGUGCUGUUUAUCGGAGUCAUGAGAUUUUUCAGAAGCUUUGGAAUGAUAUUGAAGCUGAUAAUUCUUCUUCAAUAGAGCUGUCCUCUGUGUGGAUAUACAAAAGGAAGCUAAAAGAGCAAAGACCCUGUUCCUUUGGUACUACUGCCUCAACUAAAGAUUCUUCGAGAGCCAAUCUUUACUUAAUUGUUGAUGCCAAUGGUGGCCUCAAUCAACAGCGAUCAUCGAUUUGCAAUGCAGUAGUCAUUGCUGCGCUAUUGAAUGCCACAUUACUUAUUCCUCGUCUGGAGUUUCACAAUGUCUGGAGGGAUUCGAGUGAAUUUGGUGAUAUUUAUGAUGAAGACCAUUUCAUGUCCACCCUUAAAGAUUAUGUAGAAGUGGUUAAAGAACUACCAUCAGAAGUGAUGGAGAAAUAUGAUUCUAAUAUCAGCAACAUUCAGAAUUUGCGAGUUCAAGCUUGGGCACCUCCAAGAUAUUACCUGGAAGAGGUUUAUCCUGUCUUAUUUAAGCAGCGGGUUGUUCGUAUUUCCCCCUUUGCUAAUAGAUUGUCAAUGCAUCUUCCAUCUCAUCUUCAGUUCCUGAGAUGCUUUUCUAAUUAUGAAGCUUUAAAGUUCUCUCCAGCCAUAUCAGAACUUGCAAAGAAGUUGGUCAAGCGUAUGAUUGAGAGGAGCUCUAACGCUGGUGGGAAGUAUAUUUCUAUACACCUUCGCUUUGAGGAGGAUAUGGUAGCCUUUUCGUGCUGUAUUUAUGACGGAGGACAGGUUGAGAAGUCAGAAAUGGACGUUGUACGUGAGAAAGGAUGGGGAAAGAAGUUCAAACAGAAAUAUCGCGUUAUUGCACCUGGUCUCAACCGUAAAAAUGGAAAAUGUCCUAUGACCCCUGUAGAGGUUGGCAUGAUGCUCAGGGGUAUGGGAUUUGCCAAAGACACUCCGAUAUAUUUGGCUUCUGGGAAGAUUUACCAGGCAGAUAGAUAUCUAGAACCUCUGCGGAAGAUGUUUCCCCUCCUACAAACCAAGGAGACCUUGGCAACCAAAGAUGAACUUGCGCCAUUUGAGGGUUAUUCAUCAAGACUAGCCGCUGUGGACUACCUAGUAUGCUUGUUUAGUGAAGUAUUUGUAACCACUCAAGGGGGAAACUUCCCUCAUUUUUUGAUCGGUCAUAGAAGGUACCUUUUCAAUGGACAUGCCAAGACUAUCAAACCUGAUAAAAUCAAGCUUGUAACUUUAUUGCAAAACACAAGUACAAGCUGGAUUGAUUUCAAGGAUCAAAUGGGAUCAAUGUUGGCUGAAAGUGAUCGGAAGGGCAUAAUGGUACCUAGAGUUAAGAAGUCUACCAGAAAAGGUUCUAUCUAUUCGAAUCCUUUGCCUGAAUGCAGGUGUCUUUGGGAGUCAAAAAGAACUACCAACCGUAGUAAUUCAUACCUCAUGGUAGAUCACUGAGAUUGUUCUGAUUUGAGCAGCCCAAGUUGAUCAAUGAAGUUGGCAUCCUUCUGCAAACACCAGACUUUAUGUGUCAAUGGGGAGUGGUAGAAUAGAUCCAUAGUUGCAAGUCCAACGUUGAUUGCAGGAAUCAAAGAUCGUAAAAGCAUCUUGAGAUUUGCCUUAGCCGGCGAGGCAGGACAUUUGAUCUGUGUAUGUAGUUGAUAUCAGUACCACCCUUUGUAGUACCUAAACUUCCACUUACUAUUAUAUAGUAGUAGUAAUUUUUUUGUUCUUU